AUGUCGAAGCUUCCGGUCUCCCCAUUUUGGUCUGCGAAUACAAACAUUCCGAUAUAUCUUGAUACCUGCGAUGAACGAGAACUUCCAAAGGCCAAGGACCCUUCCGACUAUACAUGUCCGACCUGCGAAAUCAGCUCGAGAGACCAACCAAUUCACUGCAUUUCGCUUGGCUCGCCGUCCCCGCCAUCCUACAGGUCGACCUCCCCGGAUGCUCCCUCGACCGGCAACUUAGCUGCCCCAGCCCUAAAAUUGGAGAUAGCGUCUCAUCACUGCUCCAAACCUCUACCUCCUCGUCCUGCACUACAUUCUGAUUCCGAAGGAAGACAACGCCUGCGGUUCCGUCGAAAUGCCUUCUCUCCUCUUACCCCUGCGACCAUUAAAAAAGGCGAUAUUGACUGGAGUCGAAAAAGCUACGCAGGGCUAGGAAUACCAGAAGCUCAGUUCAAGCCCGACAAGAGCCCGAUAACGCCUGGCACAGCAGAAAAAAAGGGCGAGCAACAGGAAGGAGGCUUACAAGAGGCUUCCAAUUUUGCUCAACGGAUCGAACAAAAGCUGUGGAAAUACAGCGCGUCCAGGAACGUUGUGAAGCGGUGGCUACUCGAGAUCAUCAGUUGGUCGCUCAGUGCUACAUGCAUGGCUGGUAUUGUGGGCAUGUUGAUUGCCUACAAGGAUAAACGCAUUCCGGACUGGCCCUUGGGUCUGACGUUGAACGCCUACAUCUCGGUUUUGUCAAAAGUCGCGUCUGCUGCUCUUCUUUUACCUGUGUCUGAAGCCCUUGGGCAAUUGAAAUGGAGCUGGUUCCAAGGGUCCAAUUCUAAAAAGAUGUGGGAUUUCGAGCUUUUUGACAAUGCUUCUCGAGGGCCCUGGGGCUCUCUCCUCCUCCUUAUGCGUACGAAGGGGAAAUCGCUGGCAGCGCUUGGCGCAGCUGUGACUCUUUUUGCGCUAGCUCUGGAUCCUUUUUUCCAACAAGUCGUCGAAUAUCCUGAACAUUGGCGAAUCCAGGAAGGAACCGGCUCCAUUCCUACAGCGACUAGCUACCAGCCAUAUCUAUCUGGCCAAGAGUAUCGGCAAGGCUUCGAGAACAUAGAACUGGACCCAAAUAUGAUGGCAGUCUCGCAUCAUUUCUUUUACGACAACGGCACUUUGCCAAUAACUUUUGGGAAAGGAGUAAGGGCUGAAGUUCCGCUGGUAUGUCCCAACAGCAAAUGCACAUGGCCAGAAUACGAAACCCUCGGCAUAUGCAACGAGUGUACGGACGCCUCCGACGUUCUCGAGUUCAAAUGUAUCAACACAACGCUCGACUGGGUCCAAGCUCCUGGCACGGAUCCUGAAACCGAACAAGUCACAUUUUCAAACGGAACCUCGUGUGGGUGGUACCUCAAAGCAGACAAUCCCCUUCUCAUGACCGGCUACAAUGUCGAUCGCGAUACGGCUUAUGCAGGCGAGAUUCUGAUGAUGCGCGCUCAACCUAUAUACGACAUCUUCACCCGAGAGCCACUACCUGGAUACACUGUAAAGCUCAAUAACAGUCGCAACCCGUUAGCGCACGCUAUCAUCGUUUCCGGCGAGAGCUUGGACAAUAUCCAACGAAACGCGACUCCCAUAGCGCAUGAAUGCCUUCUUUCAUGGUGCGUUAAGACGAUGAUGUCAGAAUACACAGAGGGAGGUUAUACCGAAAAUGUCACUCGCACCUUCACCAACGACACAGUGGGCCCUUCGCCUUGGGUAACAGAACAGAUUCUCGACGAUGAAGGCGCUUUUAGUGGUACCUUUUACUACUACCUCGAGAACGUCACCGUGAGAGGCCACAGCGGAUAUGAGUACCAUGUCGACAAUACCACCCAUAGUCUUACUUUGUUCAUGUUCGACGACACAUUUCCUUCGUCCUACACGCUCGCAAAUAGCUCCGAUCCGCAUGACGCUAUGCUGAGAUAUAAAGAGUAUACUACCGUCCGACCUUUCUCGCGGAAUUUGACCUACAAUCCUUAUAUGUACGACAACAUCUCGGCACAUCUGGACAAGCUGGCUACUGCAAUGACGAAUCAGAUGCGAUCAGCAACAAGCAAUACAGAGUUGAUAAUCGGUCCAGCGUUCGACAAAGAGAGCUUCGUAGAUGUGCGAUGGGCAUGGCUAACACUUCCUCUUGGUCUCCUUGGCCUUGCUUUCAUCUUCCUGGUUGCAACGGUCAUUCGCAGCUCAUUCGAGCAGGAGCACGUGGGCGUGUGGAAGACAUCAGCCAUCGCGACGCUCCUUUACGGUCUACCCGACGAGAUGCAAAAGAAAAUUACUUCAUCAAAGGAGCAUGGGACGCCGCGAGCGAAGGCGAAGGAGGUCAGAGUUAAAUGGCUCCCCAGGGGAGGAUGGAGGUUCUCGGGCAACGCCACUUCCCCAACAGCGCCAAAAACUCACAAAAAUAUGCCCCCCGAAGGGUGGAUAUGA